AUGACUACUUCCACCAGAAAGUACAGUUUCCUUCCCAAUGAAACCGAUAAAAUUAAACAUUCCAUUGCCGGAGCCGUUGCAGGUUGCGUUAGCUCGAUUGUUACGUGUCCCCUCGAUGUAGUAAAAACAAGACUACAAAAUCAAGGCAAAGUCUCAGCCGAUCGUAGGGUCCCCUUGUAUAAUGGCACCGGAGGAACCCUGAAACGAAUAUGGACAGAAGAGGGGAUACGCGGGUUAUAUCGUGGACUUGGACCAACGCUAUACGGCUAUCUACCUACGUGGGCCAUCUAUUUCAGCGCAUACGAUUAUUUCAAGUCGACUUUGGCAGAACGAACAGGGCAAACCGCGGGUCACCAAUGGGUGGUACAUAUAUUCGCGGCUAUGGGCGCGGGUGCCUCGAGCACUAUAGUCACUAAUCCAUUGUGGGUGAUAAAAACACGGUUCAUGGUAUUUGUCAAUAAUCAAUACUCGAACCCCUUUAGCCUAGGACCUUCUCUGAUGGGCGUGAGCCAUGUGGCCGUACAAUUUCCUUUGUACGAGAAGAUGAAAGCAUGGCUAAAGCCACCAGACAAAGAUCAUCUGUCCAACAUUUCCAUCUUGUUUGCAUCGUCCGUCUCAAAGAUGGCCGCGUCGAUCGCAACCUAUCCACAUGAAGUUGUGCGUACGAGAUUGCAAAACCAGACUCGUAAACCGUUUAAAUAUCAAGGGGUGCUUCACGCAGUCAAGGUGAUAGAACAGGAAGAAGGGUGGUUGGCUUUUUAUAAAGGGAUGUCAACGAAUUUGCUAAGGACUGUGCCGGCAAGCGCAUUGACGAUUUUGACCUAUGAGAUUUUGGUCAGAAGGUUGAAUGCGAGUGUCGGUAAAGGGCAGUAA